CGGCGGCGGCGGCAGCGCGGAGCGGAGCCGAAGUGCCACGAUGACGGCGAACGGAACGGCGGAGCCGGUGCAGAUCCAGUUCGGACUGAUCAACUGCGGCAACAAGUACCUGACGGCGGAGGCGUUCGGCUUCAAGGUGAACGCGUCGGCCGCCAGCAUGAAGAAGAAGCAGAUCUGGACGCUGGAGCAGGACGGGGAGGAUUCCAGCGCGGUGCUGCUCAAGAGCCACCUGGGCCGCUACCUGGCAGCCGACAAAGACGGCCGCGUGAGCUGCGACAGCGAGGAGCCGGGCCCCGACUGCCGCUUCCUGGUGGUGGCCCACGGCGACGGGCGGUGGUCGCUGCAGUCCGAACCGCACCGCCGCUUCUUCGGCGGCACCGAGGACCGCCUGUCGUGCUUCGCCCCGUCCGUGUCCCCCGCCGAGAAGUGGAGCGUGCACCUGGCCAUGCACCCGCAGGCCAACCUCUACAGCCUGGCCCGCAAGCGCUACGCGCACCUGGGGCCGCGCCGCGACGAGCUGGCCGUGGACCGCGACGUGCCGUGGGGAGUGGACGCGCUCAUCACGCUGCUCUUCGUGGAGCAGCGCUACAGCCUGCAGAGCUGCGACCACCGCCUGCUGCGGGCCGACGGCCGCCUGGUGCCCUCCGCCGAGCCCGGCACCGCCUUCACGCUGGAGUUCCGCUGCGGGAAAGUGGCGUUCCGCGACGGGGAGGGCCGCUACCUGGCGCCGUCGGGGCCCAGCGGGACGCUGAAGGCGGGGAAGAGCAGUAAGGUGGGGAAGGAUGAGCUGUUCGCGCUGGAGCAGAGCUGCCCGCAGGUCGUGCUGCGCGCUGGGAACGACCGGAACGUGUCCACCCGGCAAGGGAUGGACCUGUCGGCCAACCAGGACGAGGAGGGCGACCAGGAGACCUACCAGCUGGAGAUCAACAAGGACACCAAGAAAUGCGCCUUCCGCACCUACACGGGCAAGUACUGGACCCUCACCUCCAACGGGGGCAUCCAGUCCACCGCCUCCACGAAGAACGCCAGCUGCUACUUCGACAUCGAGUGGUGCGACAAGCGCAUCACCCUGCGGGCUGCCAACGGCAAAUACGUGACAGCGAAGAAGAACGGGCAGCUGGCAGCCUCCAUGGAGACGGCAGGUGAGACGGAGCACUUUGUGAUGAAGCUGAUCAACAGACCCAUCAUCGUGCUGCGCGGCGAGCACGGCUUCAUCGGCUGCCGGAAGGUGACCGGCACCCUGGACUCCAACCGCUCCUCCUAUGACGUCUUCCAGUUGGAGUUCAACGACGGAGCCUACAACAUCAAGGAUACCACUGGGAAGUACUGGAUGGUGGGCAGCGAGUCGUCCGUCACCAGCAGCAGCGAUACGCCCGUGGACUUCUUUUUUGAGUUCUGCGACUAUAACAAAGUGGCCAUCAAAAUCAAUGGCAAAUACCUGAAGGGUGACCACGCCGGGGUCCUCAAGGCAUCCGCCGACACCAUCGACGCCUCCACCCUCUGGGAAUAUUGAUGCACUUUAGCGAGCCUCCCAUUGCCAACCUCUCUUUCCCCUGUCCGUGUUUGGUUUUUUUUUUUCUUUUGUUUUUUGUUUUUUUUUGGUUUAAUUUCUCCUCUCUGUACAAGGAUUUCCAGCCUGGCUUGCCCUCCCCUUAGAGCCCAGUGCGUGGUGUUGGAGGUGGUCUCCCUUCAUCUCAUUAGAAACUGGAUCAGUCGCCCAGCGGUGCGGUGCAACCUAUCAUUCCAAAGGGGUUUUUUUCCCCUCCAUCUCUGCUCGGGGGCUGCCGUGCCCACCCUGGCCCCGAGCAUCACCUCAGCCCCUUCUAUUUUCCCUUUCCCCCCCAAAAGAAACAAAAAAAGAAGGAAUAGGGUCGCCUCUGAGCUCCCCUCUGCCAUACCCUCACUCUGUGCCCCGAGGUCCCCGUGGGGCUGUGCCCCUGUUCCUGUCCCCAGCAGCAGGUCUGUGCCCCACAUUGGUGACAGGAGGACAGGGUGGGGGCACGCAGCCCCCCUUCCUCCCCCAUUGCUGGGCGUGGGCACCAGCUGGCAGCAAACCUGCAGCCGUGGGUUUGCAGAGCGGACAAAUUCCUUCGCAAACUUUGCACAGUGAGAUUUGCUCAGUACUUUUUUUGUUGUUGGUUUUUUUUUUGGGAUUUUGUUAGUUUGGUUUAUUUUUUCUUUCCUCAUUGAAUACUGGAACGGUGAUGCCAAUCACUGAGCGCCCAGUGCUGGGCUGGGGGGGCUCCUGUGGGCUCCUCCUGAGCUGCGGCCGCGUGCCACCUCCUGACUGGAAACAGAAAACAAAUAAUGACCAAAACAGUAUUUUUGUGAGCCUCUAUUUAUGUAUGCUGUGGGCAGCACUGUGUUCUGCACUCGGUGCAACGAUGCUGGUGAUGCCCGGCCGAUCCUCGUGGCGUUGGGGUGCUUCAUCCUUCGGCCUCCCUGCGGACACCGCAGCGCCUUUCACCCCCCAGCCCCAACCUGAGGCUGCAGGCGCUGCCACCGCCGUGCCAUAAGCCGGGGCUCUGCAGCCUUAAAGCUCUGCCAUCCCUCCAGCAGGGCUCGGUGCUACGCUCCCACCGCCCCGUCCCCAGCACCCGCUGCCUCCCAAGGAAGAAGUGUCCUGAUGGAGCCCCAGUGGCCCCGUGCCCUGGCGCACACUGCUGCCUUCGCACCCGCCGUGUCUCCUUCGUGUCCCCCCGCCCCGCUCCGGCUCUGUGUGACUUUAGCUCCUCACCUCCUGUCUCCUCUCCUCGGGUGUUGUGACCCUCCGUAAGCAUCUCACUCUGAAAUUUAAGUCUGGGGGGGUUUUGUUCGUUUCGGGGUGUUGGUUUUAGUACCUUUUUUUUUUUUUUUUUUUCCUAAUUAUUAUUAUUAUUUUUUUUUUGUAAGUGCCAUUUGUAUAACUUAAACAACGACAGAAAUAGCUUCAAACUGGAGAAAGAUGAAUAAUAAAAAAAAAAACCAAGACCUGCAUUCGGA